AUGGCAGCCGGCGCCAGACGGUUGAAGACCGUUAGCGGUCGUGGUGGUGGUGGUGAUGACAAUGGAAUAGGGAAACGACUGCUAAUGGAAGUUGGUAAUAGUGAAGAGACUCUCUCGAAUCUCCUCAGCGACAUCCAACUGACUGCCCAACACCACAACACAUCCAGUGGUUUCCUCAAUAUCCCCCAGAUCGAUGCUCUUCUUCGUCCACAUUUACAGGACCAUCUCCACAACCAAUCCAUCGCACAAGCACAUUCACAGCAUCCCGUUGGAUCCUUUGAUAUUCCUUCAGAUGAUGUUCCGUUGCCUCGUGAUAAACCUGCCAUCAUUGAAAUAUCCUCCAAUGGCAGCGGUACAGGCAAGACCCACCUGUUAUAUUACAUAACAUGCGUGGCAUUACUCCCUUCCUCGUGGAACGGGAUAAACCUCGAAGGGAAAGAGAGUGCAGUUGUUUUUAUCGAUUGUGAUGGCCGUUUCGAUAUCCUUCGCUUUUCAGAGGUCAUGGAGUCGUAUAUCGAAUCACGCAUCUCGCUGGCAAUUCAGUUCUGCGAAUCCAAACAGACUUCGGCCGCAAAAGAUCCUAUGUCUGAAGAUAUUCCUGAUCCUCCUAUAUCUUCGCAAGCCGAAGACGAGGAAAUCAAGGAAUAUUUGACGUUGUUGAGUUCUAUAACUCCAUCUGAUAUCGUCGAGCUCGCAGUCUACUGCCUUUCUCAUUUGCAUGUAUACACCCCAACAUCCUCCUCCCAUUUUCUAGACAUCCUUUCUUCGAUCCCAGAAUACCUUCUCUCUUCCCCUUCUUUCUCUUCACAAGGACUUCCCCUAUCAUCUGUGAUAAUAGACGGUAUCUCUGCCUUCUAUUGGCUCGAAAGAGCCUCGUCAGCAUCGACGACCACCCCUUCUAUGGUCUUCUCAGAUGCAACAACCUCACAAUCAACUUCAGCCCAAGACAAGAAAGAUGAAACAAACCAGCUUCCCCAGAAGAUAAUAGAAGAUGAUAUGGAACCAAAACUAUCUUUACAAGCCCGUUAUGAUCUAAUAAUCUCCCAUCUCCUCACCAUAACCGCCCGGUUCAACAAUAACACAAUAAUCACAAACACCAUCAUCCCGACUAACUCCUCACAUCCAAUAUCUCAUAAUAAUACACCAGUAUACCCUCGUCACCUACCGACGUGUUAUACUUACUCACCCACCUUUCUAAGCGCGAGGAUUAUAUUGUCAAAGGAUGUGGUGGCACCUUUUCAUGCGGAUAUAGGAAUUUUGGAGGCGUACAAGGAGAGAAAUAUGAGGAUGGAAGUGGUCAGAAAGGCUGGAGUCAGUGCUUGGGUUGAAGGGGCUGGGGUGAGAAAAGGUGAGGUGGGGAAGAAGAAUGGUGGGUGGUUUUGGUUCUGGAUUGGGGAGGACGGGGUCAAGGUUGGUGCUGAAGAUGAUGAUUAG